AUGAUGUACACUGAGCUAUUGAGCCGCGAACGUCUGCAACAUGCUAAGAAAGAUGUACUUGGGAAGCUGGGUCUUGGAUUUGGUGCCGAUGAUAUCGACGUGGGCAUCGACAUGGAUGCUGAACUAGGCACCAAGCUCAAGAGCGACCCUGGUUUUGAUGCUGAUACAGUCAAGUCCGAGCAGGCUCAUCGACGACCGUCAUCAGCUACCGUGAAGCCAGAGCCAGAACCAGAGCCAGAGCCAGAACCGGAGCCAAACCGUGUACUCAGUGCACGCGAGCGGAAUCAGCUCAAGCGCAAGCGCAAGCUCGAAGCCAAGUCACAAGCGCGCACGCCUUCUGCGCGUAUGGAGCCGGAGAAGCGCACAAAAAUCGAUGUACCUGUGGACCAAACGGUGGCACACACAGCAGCUGCUGCGAUGUCGCUCCAGGUGCGCCGAGGCGAGUGGCCCUUUCGGGCGCUGGCCGAGCUCUUAAGUGUAGAACUCUUCAGUCCUACAUGGGAAGCGCGCCAUGGCGCAGCGCUUGGCCUGCGUGAACUUUUCCGCACACAAGGCAGUGGCGGUGGGCGGGUGAUGGGUGUGUCGAAAAGCGAGAAUGACAACUGCCAUGCCCAAUGGUGUGAAGAUCUUGCCGUGCGUUUGCUCUGUGUAUUUGCCCUUGAUCGCCUGGGUGACUUUGUAUUUGACCAUGUCGUUGCGCCUGUGCGUGAGACUGCGUCACAAACCCUCGCACAGCUUCUUCCUCACAUGACGAGUGAGCUCGUGCGCUCAACGCAUCACGUCUUGCUAGAGAUGGUGCGUCAGGACUCCGUGCGUGCAGCUGGGAUUGUAGGGAAAGCCGGGCAACGGCCGUAUAUUUGGGAAGUUCGACAUGCCGGCCUGCUUGGCAUUAAGUACGAAGUCAUGAUGCGUGUAGAUGUGCUGGGUGUCGAAGACGAUAUGCUGUCGGAUGUACUCGAUGUGGCGCAACUCGGCCUACAUGACGAUGACGAUGACGUGCGCGCCGUUGCUGCAGCGAUGCUGCUUCCCAUCACGCAUAACAUCGUCACGUAUCAGCUGCAGCGCGUGCCAGAUCUGGUCGAUCAACUCUUUUCAUGUAUUGGCGACAAGCGAGACGACUUAUCGAGCAGUGCUGCGAGUGCGAUGGAUCUACUAUCUGCACUCGUUGGGCAUGCACAAGUUCUGAGCAUUCUCGAUUCGGUGUCGCUAUCGCGGCAAGUCACGACGCUCUUCCGCUUCUUCCGCCACACCAUCACGAAUGUCCGUCUAUCGAUGCUGCAUGCGAUGCUUGCAUUGCUUCAGUGUGAAUCUUUGCCGCACGACUGGGUCAACGAUGCUUUUAUUCGUCUGCUGUUUCAGAACAUGCUCGUCGAGGAACGGUCAUCCAUUCGUGACGCAACAACGCGCGUUUGGACACAUACGCUCCAGGUGCUUGGUCCGCGCAUUGCUGAGUUUGUGGCGCCUCACCUUCCGACACUCUUUUGUUUGGUCAUGACACCUAUCGGCACACCGAUGGAUACCUCACUCUUUUACGUGCCGCCACUCGCACGCACUGAACACAACAUUGAUCGAGGUAUUCUUGCGCAGGAUUUGACGUUGGUCGGUAUGGACACUGUUUUACGUGGUCGCAUAGGUGCUGCUUCUGCUCUUGGCGAAGUCCUCGCCCACAUCCCAUCAGCAAUGCUGAAGGAGUCAUGCGCACUGCUCCACGAUGCUCUGUUGUCCACCUCGGCAUUACAAAAAGCACUCGCAGCGGUUGUGGCGCAGCGCUGGGCUGAAUGUGUUGCAGAUCCGGCGGCUCUCCUUGCUGUGCCUGAUAGCCCAGUGGCAUCUUUGCAUUCGUGCCUACUGCAUCUAUUGGAUGCAUCGAUGCCAUCCAUGUACAAUGAGAUGCAGAUUCUGCUACAGCGCAUGCAGCAUGAGUGUCACAUGCUCAUCCAGGCGCUUGUGCGUGAUGCGCAGAUUCCGCGCGAGCGCUUGCCGAGUCUGCCGGAACCGUGGUCAGUGACACAUGCGCAGUCUAUGAUCGAGGCUGCUGCGUUGGCACCUGAGUGUUCGACGGCACAGGAACAAGUAUGCAAGAUCCAGCGUGUUAGGGAGCAGUAUGAGUUGACCAAGGAGACACAGGACGUGCUUGUGCUCGCGGCGGUAGCGGGCGCUGUGGUCGCAUGGGGCAUCUUGCCACCGAAGUUGAACCCACUUAUCCGAAGCUUGAUGAACAGUAUCAAGUACGAAGAAAUCGCUGAUCUGCAGAUACGCGCUGCCGCUUCCAUAGCGCGGCUCAUUCGCCUGUGCACGAUGCCACAGGCGAGCGCGAAUCCCAGCUCGAAGAUUAUCAAAAAUCUUUGCGCCUUCGUGUGCCAAGACACGGCCACUACACCCCUAUUUGCCGAGACGCGUCAGACACGCGAAGGCAUUGGCGCUCUGCUUGAUUUGGAUGCAAAACCUGCAGGACAGGGACCUGGCAUGCCUGAUGACAACACAACCAUGUCGCCAGGCCGUCUCAUCCGCCGUGGUGCAGAAUUUGCUUUGCAUCACAUAUGCGACGAGUUUGGCCCGCAGCUUUGGGAUCGCGUGCCGAUUCUCUCUACAUGCUCGGCAGAGCCGCUGAUCCACGCCAUGAGUGUGGACGAGACUUCUACCCCGGGUGAUGCGCCAAUGGACGACUCAGUCGGCCAGGCAAUCCUGGACGCUUGCACUGUGGUAGCGUGUAUUGCGCCACACGUGCAUGCAGAGCUGCACGGUUCUCUCGUGCGUCUACUUGAUGCGCUCGUGCGUAUAACACAGAACGAACACAUGGUGCUUCGCAGUGCCGGCGCGUGCUGCUUCAGCGUGCUGACGAAGUGCAUCACUGACGAGGCAAUGCAUGUCCUUGUUGAAAGGAUUGUGCCGAUGCUCGGAGAUGCCACACUACUGCAUCGACAGGGGGCCAUGGAGGUGAUCUCUCGUACGGUGCGUGUGCAAGAUGAACGGCUUUUGCCGUAUGUCCUAUUCCUUGUUGUCCCAGUGCUGGGCCGUAUGAAUGAUAGUGAUGAAUCCGUGCGAUUGCUCGCAACGAACACAUUUGCUGAGCUUGUGAAGCUUGUGCCAUUGAUUCAUGGUCUACCAGACCCACCGAACUUCUCCGCGGCUCUUCUUGCUCGACGGGAGGAGGAGAAAGCAUUCCUAUCGCAGCUCCUUGACGGCUCCAAAGUUGAACCCUACAAAGUGCCCGUGGAAAUGAAGGUCCAGCUGCGGCCUUAUCAGCAAGAUGGCGUAAGCUGGAUGGCAUUUCUUGCUCGGUACCAACUGCAUGGCAUCUUGUGCGAUGACAUGGGGCUAGGAAAAACAUUGCAGUCAAUCACACUCUUGUCCUGCAAGCACCAUGAGCGAAGUCAGCGUUGGUCUCAGACACAAGCGGCAGAUGCACGUCCUGUACCAUCGCUUAUUAUUUGCCCACCAACGCUUACGGGUCACUGGGUGCACGAGAUCCGACAGUUUUCGCCCAAUCUCACUCCUUUGUUGUAUGCGGGCCACCCCAGCGACCGAGCUCGGCUCAAGUCGCAGAUCGACAAAGUUGAUGUCGUCGUCAUGUCGUACGAUGUGGUGCGGAAUGAUGUACAAGAUCUCGCACCGCGCUCAUGGUUCUAUUGUAUUCUUGAUGAAGGCCAUGUUAUCUGCAGUCCGAAGACUAAGACGACACGAUCUGUCAAGCAAAUCCAGGCGCAGCACAGGCUGAUUCUGUCUGGAACCCCGAUCCAAAACAACGUGCUAGAGUUGUGGAGCUUAUUUGACUUUUUGAUGCCGGGCUUCUUGGGCUCGGACCAGUCGUUCCAUGAGCGCUUUGCGCGGCCUGUGCUGGCGUGUCGCUCAGGCAAGCCUAGUGCUUCGGACAAAGAAGCAGCGACGCUUGCGCUGGAAGCGCUGCAUAAGCAGAUUGUGCCUUUCCUUUUACGGCGUUUGAAGGAAGACGUAUUGAAUGAUUUGCCACCGAAAAUCAUCCAAGACGUGGAGUGCGAGCUGAGUGAUGUGCAAAAGAAGCUUUAUGACGAGUUUAUCAAGUCUAAGGACCGAGAAUCUGUGGAAGAUGCCCUCGUGGAGACGGCAAGGAAAGGAAAGAAGGACAACGGAGAUGACGACGUCGGUAACGGUGGCGGCGAUGAUGAUGACGACGACGACAAGGUGCCUCAGCAGCACGUGUUCCAGAAACUCCAGUACUUACGCAAGCUUGCGAAUCAUCCGUCACUGGUACUAGACCCUGCGGUACCAGCGCAAAAGAAACUGCUUGAUCAGGUCAAUGCAAGUCGCGGUACCCUCGCAGGUUUAACACAUGCACCGAAGCUCCAAGCACUGCGGCAGCUGCUUCUGGAUUGUGGCAUUGGCGUCGAGUCGCAGAACAACGAUGCCGCAUUGAUCGGCGCUGAUACUGGCGCAUCCGUUUCGCAGCAUCGUGUGCUUAUUUUCUGUCAAAUGAAGCAGAUGCUCGAUGUGAUUGAGCGCGACUUGUUCCGUGCGUUGAUGCCCAGUGUGACAUACCUGCGACUGGAUGGCAGUGUGAGCAGUGAUCGUCGGCAUGGCAUUGUUCAGUCGUUUAAUGCGGACCCCAGUAUUGAUAUCUUGCUACUUACGACGUCUGUCGGUGGUUUGGGUUUGACGCUGACCGGCGCUGACACUGUGAUUUUCGUCGAGCAUGAUUGGAAUCCCAUGAAAGACUUGCAAGCCAUGGAUCGUGCGCACCGUCUGGGCCAGAAGAAAGUCGUGAACGUGUACCGACUCAUCACGCGCGACACACUCGAAGCGAACAUUAUGGGUUUGCAGCAGUUUAAGAUGAACAUUGCCAACUCAGUUGUGACGCAGCAAAACAAGUCGAUGGAGAACAUGGACACAGACCGCAUUCUCGACUUAUUUGGACCGACAGCAGCUGAGCCUGCCAUUGGCCAGGCCUCUGUGUCGGCGCAGAAGGCUAAAAGCAAAACGAAGGGCAUCAGUCAGAAGGCUUUGCUUGCGAGUCUCCAGCAGACGCCGGACGUUCACAAUGACGAGGAGUAUGCGGAUAUGGAACAAUGGCGACCUACCGCAUCGUGA